CAGAAAUUGCACGACGACACAGUCAUGGCAGAGAGCAAGACGGGAGGCGCGGGGCAAUUUGCAAAACGGGUCCAAAAGCAACUCAGCCGAGCCCAAGAGAAGGUUUUGCAGAAACUGGGGAAAACAGUGGAAACGAAAGAUGAACAGUUUGAACAAAGUGCAUACAAUUUUCAGCAGCAGCAGGCUGAAGGUCAGAAACUCUACAAGGAUCUUAAGGCUUUCUUCAAUGCCGUGAAAGUGAUGCAUGAAAGCUCCAAGAAAGUCUCUGAAACCUUGCAAGAAAUUUACAGUGAAGAGUGGGAUGGGCAUGCAGACUUAAAAGCCAUAGCACAGAGCAAUGACCUCUUGUGGGAAGAUUAUGAGGAGAAACUGGCAGACCAGGCAAUUAGAACCAUGGAGAAUUACUUGACUCAGUUCAAUGAAAUUAAGGAGCGAAUUGCUAAGAGGGGACGGAAACUAGUGGAUUACGAUAGCAGCAGGCAUCACUUGGAAGCCCUACAGAAUGCCAAGAAGAAAGAUGAAGCUAAAACUGCAAAGGCUGCAGAGGAGUUUGACAAAGCCCAAGCUGUGUUUGAGGAGCUCAACAAAGAACUAAGAGAAGAACUGCCAGUUCUUUACAACAGUCGAAUUGCAUGCUAUGUGACAAUAUUCCAGAAUAUUUCCAAUUUGCGAGAUAUCUUCUACAAGGAAAUGAGCAAGCUGAACCAUGACCUGUACGAUUUGAUGAGCAAACUGGAAAAGCAACACUCCAAUAAAGUCUUCAUUAUUAAAGGUGUAUCAAGCAACAGAGGCUCACUGGUAAUCUCCUCUCCUGUAAGCACAACCAACUCCUUUUUCAUGCCUUCAGGGAACAGCAUAAAUGAAAUCCCCAAAUCUCCUCCUGCUACAUCCUCAGAUCUUGGGAGAGAAUCUGAUUUGGCACCAGAGAUCACAUCCACGUCCAGUGGUGCCAGUGAAACAGAGAAAGAGGCCUUUGCAUCUUUGGCCACAGAAGCACAAAAUGAGGCAACAGAAGCAGCUACACCUGUCUUUUCAACUGCUAGUGAACCCAAAGAUAACAAGCAGGUGGCAAAACCAGAGGAGGGGCCUGUCAGCCCUUCCAGAGACACCAUCCAGACAGUUGAGGAGGUGGCAAAUAUUCUAACGGUAGGGAUUUUGUCAGAGGCAAUGCAUGAGGCUGCCUGCCAAGGCCAAAAUGUUAAGAAAGGUUCAGAAGAUAUUGCACAGCCCCCUUUGACAGAUAACUCUGAAGCCAGUGAUACUUGCAAGAAAGAGAGACUCCAGCUAAGGUGUGAAACUCCAUCAUCUGUACUGAAACAGGAAGCUGAGCCCACUGAAGUUGCCAAGGACAGAGCUCUGACUGAGGGAGCAAACCAUCAGGAGAACCAUGCGCCACCUGGUGAGAGUUCAGUUGGUCUUGAAAACAGUCCUGAGGAUUCUCUGUUCUCCACACAAGCUGAAGCCCUGCAAGAUGAACCACCAAGCAGUACCACCAAUGACUGCAUUACUUCUGCUCCACCAAAAGCAGGGGCCAUCCAUCAGAUGGCGCAAGAGCAACCAGAGACAGGGGGAGACAGGGAUCCUGAAGAGGAUGGCAGCAGUGAUGGAAGCAUGGAAGAAAUAGAUGUUUCUCCAAAGGCCACCAACACUCAGAUCAUCUCUAACUUCUUCCCAGAAGGGAAUGAUCAUAGCCAGCUUCCCCCUGGCUUCCUAUUCAAGGCUCAAGCAAUCCAAGCUCAUGCUUCAGAUGAUGAGAACUUCCUUCCAUUCGGAGAAGGGGAGAUCAUACUAGUGCUGUCAGAUGCACAGGCUGAGGAAAAAAGAUUCCUGAUGGGUGUAAAGGAGAGUGACUGGAUGGAGAGCCAGGAUAUGUUACAGAAAGGAAUGUUCCCCCCAGAUCUCAUCAAAUCAAUCCCAGCAUAAGUUCAGAACUGGGAACAGAACCAGGGUGAAGAGAGAACUCAAUAAAGGGAAAGUCCUACUGUCUAAAUGCUGUUUUCCCCAAAGCUCUUUGUUGUGGUUAACUCUCACUCUUUCCCCUCUCCUCACCCAUAUAACUUCUUGCCAGUGUGACACUUUGGGAAAUGUUUUAUUCUUAGUAUCCGCACCACACAUCUAAAUGGCUUGGGUUAUCCCUAUAUCUGAAGUCAGCAACUGGCAGCUCUUAAGCCAAAACUGGCUCCCUUAGAAUAGCUGCUUGGCUUUUGCUCAGGUAUUUUUCUGAGAUAAAAGAAAGGCAUGGAGAGAGCUGGACCUGUGAUAAGAGGAAUGGCUGGCAAGCUACUGGAUAGGAUGGGAAUUGGUGCCUUGGCCUACCAUACUGGCUUCCAGGCUAACACACUUGUGCAAACAUGUUGCACUAAUGCAAGGACAUAGCACUGGCCAGAUGCCCUCACUCAGGAGCUUGCAUUCUAGACUAGUGUUGCACUUGCACAACUCGAUACAGAACCUGUGGCAGAAAUAGACAUGCAUAUCCUGUCUUGCUACCCUUGUUGCGCAAGCACAGCUUUGAGCAUCUGCCCAGCCAAGCGACCUUCUUGCAUGUAUGUUGUUCUUUGUUCAUUGUGCCAGCACAGUGUUAGUCUCGAUCAUCAGCCACUGGCAAAACUAGUUGCUGUCCAUAGCCCUAUACCAAUUCAGCUAAGUGAGUCUGAAUUGCAUGUUUAUAUCAGAGAGCAACAGUACUGAUAAUGGUAGCCAAAUAAUACUUUGCCUCUGGUGUCCAACAAUGGAGCUUAUGCUGAAUUAUUAUUAGGACUGUCAUCUAAAUAGGGUUAUCACCCGAGUCAAAUUAAUUUUCACUGGUAUCUGCAUACUACUAAAACAACAGUUUUGUGGAGGAGAAGGCAUUCUUUAUUUUUUUAGAGGACACAUGUAUAUAUCAGAUCAGGUGUCAUCUUAUAAGAGGCAUUCCCUCUUGUAUGAGAGUGAAGGGGGAACACAUCUUCCAAGAUGGCACCAGCCAUCUUCAAGCACUUAUUUGAAAAAUGGUUAAUGGUUUUUUUUAAUGUAAUUGAUUUAGAAAAAGUUUUACUUGAUUAAUCAAACUGAUUAAUGCAUUAAAGGUUGCUUUCUUCAUUAGUAUAAUAGAUCCACAAGAUAGUGGGGUGAUCCUGCUUGGCUUAAUCCAGUGAUGGCUAUAAGAAUGGAUGGGAAGGGAGGUUUGCUUCUGCUUUGUAAAGCUGAAGAGAUAAUUGAGAAAAAAAGAAGUUCUGGUAAGAACUAAUCUGUCUACUUUCCUUUCACUAUAAUCUUAACUGAUAAUUACCAUCAUCACAAGUUAGCCCACUUCAGCCUUAAACGUUCACACGUCCACUAUCUUGAACUGAGAUGCAUGGUAUAAUAAUAAACUAUGCCAUUGAGGUG